CCCCGAACGGUUGAGUCAACAUUAUAAUCAAGGCUGUGAGGGCGAGUUCAGGUCGACUAUUUGACUAAGAGGAUUCAAGGCGAGGUCACACCGAAACGGACAGGGGUUGACUGCUUCGCCCGUGGGCUUCAAUAUGGCGGUCCCACCCAUCGUAAAGGCCACGCUGCAGGCGGUGGUCAUUAACGCUGGGUCCAAUGUCUUGGCCCAGUAUAUCAAGGCUUAUAGGAAUGAUAUUGCCUUUGAAAUCGACACUCAGGCCUUGAUACAAUUCACUACAUGCGCCAUCAUCACUACGCCGUUGAACUUCAUCUGGCAAAACAACCUGGAAGCAACCUUCCCUGGUACAAGCCCUCAAAAUACAGCUCCCAAGCACGAUGAAAAGUCUCAGCGCUCGAAACCAGAAGUCUCAAAGCCGGCACUUAAUGUCACCAACACCAUCACCAAGGUCGUUAUUGAUCAGACUAUUGGUGGCACCUGGAACACGGUACUCUUCAUCUUGACCAUGGGUCUCCUGCGAGGUCAACAUCAAGAACUCGUUUUCACGCAAAUCCGAGAGGAGUUUUGGCCCAUCAUGAUCGCCGGCUUCAAACUUUGGCCCUUUGUGUCUGUUCUCAAUUUCACCGUUGUCCCCGUGGAUCAGCGACUGCUGGUAGCCAGUCUUUUUGGUGUGGUAUGGGCUGUUUACCUGAGUUUGAUGUCCGGGUAAGGGGGUGAAUAGAGGAACUGAGACUAUCAACUCCCCAAAUAAGGGAAGGAUUUUUGAGCGAAGGAAGGGAGGGCAAAGCUUUGCCUAUGCCCCAUAUAUGGGCAGUGAUUUGGACACAUGUCAUUCUCGAUAAAGUAGACCAGUAAGAAAGUUAAUCCAUACGUUUUUCUAAC